CGGUAACGCCGGCGUGGAUCGUCCCAGUGUCACCAGUAACACCAGUAACGCCAGUAACGCCGGCAUGGAUCGUCCCAGUGUCGCCAGUAAUGCCGGCGCGACCGGCGUGGCUCAGCCCGGCGUGACCAGUAGCACCAGUGUCACCAGCGUGGCUCAUCCCAGUGUCACCAGUAACGCCAGUGCGACCGCUGCGGCUCAUCCCAGUGUCACCAGUGCGACUGGUGCGGCUCAUCCCAGUGUCACCGGUAACACCAGUGUGGCUCAUCCCAGUGUCACCAGUAACACCAGUGUGGCUCAUCCCAGCGUGACCAGUAACACCAGUGUCACCAGUAACGCCAGCGUGACCAGUUUGGCUCAUCCCAGUGUGACCAGUAACGCCAGUGUGGCCGGUGUGGCUCAGCCCGGCGUCACCAGUGUGGCUCAUCCCAGCGUGACCACUAACACCAGUGUCACCAGUAACGCCAGCGUGACCGGUUUAGUUCAUCCCAGUGUGACCAGUAAUGCCAGUGUGAGCGGUGUGGCUCAUCCCAGUGUCACCAGUUUGGCUCAUCCCAGUGUGACCAGUAACGCCAGCGUGACCAGUUUGGCUCAUCCCAGUGUGACCAGUAACGCCGCUGUCGCUGCUGUCACCAAGGCCACCAGUGCUCCCAGUUUGCCCAGUGCUGGCGGAGUCAUCAGGGCCACCCCCAGGGCUGCCGGUGCCACCAGUGCCACCAGAGCCACCAGUGUGGUCAGUACUGGGAGCGUCCCCAGUGCCACCAGUGCCACCAGUGCGCAGAGGGCCACUGGUGUGACCAGUGUGACCAGUCCGGCUCGUCCCAGUGUGACCAGUCCAGUUCCAACCAGUGUGACCAGUGUGACCAGUCCAGGUCAUCCCAGUGUGAGCUCCAACCAGUGUGACCAGUGUGACCAGUGUGACCAGUCCAGCUCCAACCAGUGUGACCAGUGUGACCAGUGUGACCAGUCCAGCUCCAACCAGUGUGACCAGUCCAGCUCGUCCCAGUGUGACCAGUCCGGCUCAUCCCAGCAUGACCAGUUUGACCAGUCCGGCUUCUACCAGUGUGACCAGUCCGGCUCAUCCCAGUAUGACCAGUGUGACCAGUCCAGCUCGUCCUGGUGUGACCAGUUUACCCAGUCCGGCUCAUCCCAGUAUGACCAGUCCGACUCGUCCCAGUGUCACCAGUGUGACCGGUGCUGCUCCCAGUGUGACCAGUGCUGCGGCUCCCAGCAUCACCAGUGCCACCAGUAUGACCAGUGGCACCCCUGCUGCAUCUCCCAGUGUCACCAGUACGGUCAAGGCAGCGGCUCCCAGUGCUCCCAGUGUCACCA